AUGCCGCCAAUUCCCCUCACCCCAGCACCAGACCCGACACCUACGCUCUCCCGCCUCUCUCGCAGGCUGCAAGACGUGCGCUCGUACCAGAUCCCCCGACUGCGCGACUGCUCAACAUCUCUCGCGCGCGACCUGGCCAACGAGGCCCGCGGCGACCUCGAGGCCGUCCGUGCGGGACUGGAGGAUGCCAAAGAGGAGUGCGAGGCCCUGCCGCCUAGUCUGAGAGGGGCGGUGAUGAUGAUGUGGGACGAGGUAGAGGCAGAGUACAUUAUUCUUCUGCAGCUGGACGCCGGUAAUGCCACCGUCCCCUCCCCUCUGUCCAUGCUAACAGUCCCCAGUGUCCGUGACGAGUAUCGCGCCGCGCUUGUGGCAUCCAAGCGCGCCCAGGUCGCCGCAUCGAGCCGGCACGAGCUACUGGACCCCGACGAGGUCCCAAAGGCCGAGGCGACGACGAGCGCGGGAGGUGACGACGCGUUACAGACCAAGACAAACGAAGUGACAGACGCGCUUCGUCGCACGACGCAGCUCCUCCAGACCGAGUUGGAGCGCAGCGUCCUCAGCGUGCAGAUGUUGGACGAGUCCACCCGCACCCUGCGCACAACACACGGCCUGUACGACACGUACGACGUUCUGGUUACCGCCUCGGCGCAGCUUGUGCGGGCCAUCGAAAAGGCAGACUGGUGGGACCGCGCCCUCAUCUUUGCCGCGCUGGGCCUCUUCCUCCUUGUCGUCGGUUAUGUCAUCAAGAAGCGCGUCCUUGACCGUGUGGGUGGAUUUGCCGCCUGGUGGAUUGGCGGCAGUUACCGUCUCGUCAAGAUGGGUGUCGGGGCCGGUGGUGCCAAGCAGGCCAUUGCGUCUGCUGCGGCUGCGUCAGCGUCGGCGGCCGCAGCGUCGGUACAAGCUCAGCGCCAACGAGGAGGACAAGCAGAGAAGGGGGACGCGACACGAGACUCGCCCAUUGACGCGGCCUUGCCGGACGCACCCACACCCGACUCGGCUGUUGGUGGCGCCAACCUCAAGGACGAGUUGUGA